GUAACAUGUGAUCACACUUAUCCAAGAUGGCGGCGUUCUUGGCAGUUCCGUUGAAAAAGACCUAUGAUGUUGAUCUUGUAAAACCUCUCAGAAAUUUCAUUCAAAACACCUUUUCGUCAGCUGAACCCGACGACUACAACAAUGCUCUCAGCGAGUUCAACAAACUCCGAAAUUUGAUGAUAAACAAAUCCGUAGACAAACACGAAUCAGCGUUAGAAGUGCUGUACCGGUACUAUGACCAAGUUGUUUCUAUUGAGAGCAAACUGCCUAUCACUGAAAACCAGGUCCGAGUGCAGUUCAAAUGGAGAGAUGCCUUUGAUGAAGGGGGUUUCUUGGCUGGGAAAAGAACACUUGCUAUUGCCUCUGGGUUGUAUGAGAAGAUAUGCAUGUUGUUCAACAUUGCCGCUCUACAAACACAAAUUGGUGCAGUACAAAACCAGGACAGUGACGAUGGACUUAAAACCUGCGCCAAACUCUUUCAGCAAGCAAGUGGAAUAUUUGCCCACAUGAAGGACAUUGUGUUGUCACAUGUGCAGCAAGACCCGACCCCUGACCUUAACCCCGACACUCUGGGGGCACUCAGUGCACUCAUGUUAGCCCAGGCACAAGAGGCUAUAUACAGGAAGGCUACCUCAGAUAGGAUGAAGGAUGCUAUGGUGGCCAAGCUGGCCUACCAGUGCUCUGAGUUGUAUGCUGAUGCCAUGAAGCUGAUGCAGCUACACUCCAUCAAAGAAUUGUGGCCCAAGGAGUGGAUCCCGUGUGUAGUGAUGAAGCAAGCAGCCUUCCAUGGCUUGGCAGAGUUCUACCAGAGCAAUGUGGCUAAAGCAAACAAGAGCUAUGGAGAACAAAUUGCAAGGCUGAAGCAUGCUCAGGAGCUGCUGAGUGCUGCUCAGUCCCGCGGCGGUCAGACGUUCUGCUUUAGAAAUGAGCAGGGGAAGGUGCAGCGGGAGAUGGAUGAAGCUGUAAAGGACAACAACUUCAUCUACCACGACAAGGUGCCUGACGUGAAGACUCUCCCUAUCAUAGGCAAGGCUGCUGUGGCCAAACCCUUACCUGUUCCACAGAAAUUCUCCACCAACUUCACAGACCUCUUUGAGAAACUAGUGCCUUUAGCUGUCCAUGAUGCCAUGACAGCAUUUGAGAAUAGAAAGGCCCAGAUUGUCAACAUGGAGAUUGGGAGGUUGCGAGAAUCUACAAAUCUCUUGAAUGGUGUGCUGACGUCCCUCAACCUUCCUGCCUCCAUCGAGGAUCUGGCUGGUGAGAAAGUGCCUCAGUCUCUCACAGAGAAAGCUCAACAGAUGCAGGAACAAGGUGGUGCUUCGUACAUCUCCAAGCUCAUGAAUGAGCUGCCAGCACUACUUACCCGUAAUAGGGAGAUUCUUGAUGCUACUGUAGCUGAAAUGGACAGUGAAGAGAAGUCUGACACUCAGCUGCGAGAACAGUUCAAAGAAAAAUGGACCCGAACACAAUCCGCCCAGCUGACAAAACCCAUUCGAGAAGAGGCCACGAAGUACAGCACUAUCCUGUCUACAGCCACCCAGGCAGAUGCUGUUGUUCGGGAGAAGUUUGACAAUCACAAGGAAGGCAUUGUGUUGCUCUCCAAGCCUCUGACGGAGCUUGAGGCCUCCCUCCCAGCAGGCAGUGGUGGCAGCAGCCUCCAGACCAGCCCCCCAGUCAAGGAGUUGAGGUCGCUCAUGCAGCAGGUGGAAACAAUCAAAGCUGAGAGAGAAGCCAUUGAAAGCAGCAUCAAGGAUGCCAGCUUUGACAUGGUGUCGUCCUUCAUGUCGGCUCUGGCUAGCGAGGGUCUGGUGAAUGAAGAGAGCAUCUCAGUAGAGGAGCUGGACCGUGUAUACGGCCCUCUGCGGGAACAGGUGUCAGACAGCAUCCACAGACAGGAUAACCUGCAGGCCAGGAUACAGAAUGCCAACACAGACUUCAGCAAUGCCCGGUCCUCCAAUCAGUCAGCGGCCGCUAGGGAAGCCAAACUGAAGGAGCUGCAGGCUGCAUACAACAUGUACAUUGAACUCAAGGGAAAUCUGGAGGAAGGAACCAAGUUCUACAAUGACCUGACUCCACUGCUAGUCAAGUUACAGUCCAGAGUGAUGGACUUCUGCUUCGCCAGGAAGACCGAGAAGGAGGAGUUGAUGCAAGAUGUCCAGAAGCAGAUCGCCAACACCAAGUCCCAACCUGCCCCACCCACCCCUACAUACCAGGGAGGACCUGGUCAGUCAGCGCCCCCUGCAGCUCCUGAUUCCAGCAGUUCAGGUGCUAACCGUGUCCCCCCGCCCCGCCCCCCUCCUCCGACCCCGGGGGUAGGGCAGCCUGGUGCACCAUCAGCUCCUCCUGGUCCCGCCGCUGCGGGGUCAGCACCUCCCCCAGCAGGUGCCCCUCCUGGCACCGCCCCACAUCAGAACCCCUACCCCGCCCCAGGUUACCAGCAACCUCCGGUCCAGAACUAUGCGGGGUACGGUGGAGCACCUCCUCCCCAAGCGGCAGGACAGCCCCAGGGCUGGCAGGCCCCCUACCCUCAGUACCAGCCCCCCAUUGCCAUGCCUGGCUCCUACAACCCCUACAAUCCCUACAUGGGCUACCCUCAGCAGCCCACCUACGGACAGGGCUACCCCCAACAGCAACCCCCUCAGUACCCGGGGCAGCAGCCACCAGCUGGGUAUGGGGCCCAGCCUCCCCAAGGGCAGUACCCAGGAUAUCCCCAGCCGGGGUACCCGCAACAGGGCUACCCCCCACCUGCCCAACAGUGGCGCUGAGCAUGAUGGGAUACGGCUAGGGGAGAGAACUCUUUCGAGUGACAGUUGUGGACAAACUGGGACUCUCUUGGAGUUUAAUACACAAACAUAUGUUGUGAUCUUUAUCAAAAGUUGAAGGAAAUGUGUUUUAUACUCUCUCGUUGCUUGAAGAUACAUUUGGAAUAAACCUCAUGUAUAGCUGUUAAAUAGUAGAUAGUCUAUUUUCAUAAUCUGAAAAUAAAGUGAUCGCAUUAGACUAAUUUUGAAAGUAAAUUAGAUUUGCAAUGUUAUCAAAUGAGUAAGGAGCUAAUGGUCAUUGUCCUUUCAUGUUAGUCUCAAUUUAAGCUGUAUUAGACUCUUCUCGUAUUGGUUGAAUUAUCUCCCCUUGACCACACAAGUUCCAGUUAGCAAUAACUUCAGUCGACACUACAGACUAGUCUUCAUCAUCAAGUUAACAGCAUAUGAUAUGUUCAGAGAAUUUUUAGUAAUUAAUGUUUUUCCCAUUCUUCAAUGUUCAUCGAAAGUCUUCAACAUCAAAUUUAGUUAUAAACAUUAUCUAUUGUUGAAUUCUUUCUUUAAUAUUCAAAUGUUAUUGACUAUAGUUUAAAAUUAGUAUAUUAGUAUUUUCAGUGUAUUAGACUGAUCUACUGCUCCAUCACAUGCUGCAUGACCUUCUCCCAUCUUGUAAUCACCCAAACAGAAUGAAAGAAUAUUUUUGUGCUUACUUUGACUACACUUUUACAAUAGCAUGUUGGAUGGCUGCUUUUUGUUAUUUUACAUGUUUAUUUUUCAAGAGCUUGUCACCGUUUCAUAUAGACGUGUAUACACUUGUCUUUCAUGUUAGAGUAUCAUGGAUUCUUAUGAUAACAUUGUAGUCUUGUGGUUGAUGGGUGCGAUUUUAAAUCAGGACACCAAGUCAACUGUUCCCACACAAAAAAGUUGUUAAGUUUAUGUACUUAUUGUGCUAUGAUUAGAAACGUUGCUCGCAUUGUGUUGCUUGUGGCAAUGGUCUGUGAAGAUUUUGUGGAUCUGUACAGGAAACAGUUGAUAUGGACUCAGUACAAACAUUUUGGUUUUUUCUCUGUUCAGUUCAGACAUUCAAUUGUUUAGUAAUGUAAGAGAAUGGUUCAAGCCAUACACUGUCCCAUGAUAAGUAAAAUCAGGUGUUGAAGGCAACAGCUGGUCAGGUUUGGGAAAUAAUUCUCCAUUAUCACUAGCUUGAAGUUUUAAACAGUCCCUUAAGUCUCUUAAACAUGGUGAUGAGAGUUUUGCAGUGUGAAAUUCAAUGUUACUUCUACUGUUAGAAGUAUGUGUUGUCUAUUCCCAGUUAAAGCGGUCCUAACAUUAGGAUUAACUAAUUUUGAUUUGCAAUAUAUACGAGAUGAUGUAUGUAAAAUGGAGAUUUCAGGAAAGUUAAAAUUGAAAUAUGAAGUUAGAAUCUGUACAAUCAAUGCAGACAGGUGACAUGUAUUUCACCUUUUCUUUAUUUCAACGUGACAUUUCUGUAUGCAGGUGGUAGUACCUUCAUCAAGCAAGUGACCUCUUGUUUAAUGAAGAUAGUAGCACCUGUACUCAAAUGUUGCAUUGAAGCAAUGAUGAAGAAGAAAUCCAUGCCAGCUCCAUCUCCGAUCUCAACCAUGACCAACUAUUCUGAUCACUCCUACAUCUGUACUCGUCUAUGAUGAUUGUUAAGGUUUUGAUUCACUAAUCGUCCAGCCUCCCACUGAUCUUAUCUUCUCUGUGAUGCAACUUUGUGCUCUUAUGCAAACUGUGUGAUGUGACAAUAAACUCUUCAAUCAUGUCUGUAUAUAUUUGCACACACCAGCCUGUACAUUUCCUAUUGCCUGUGAGGACAGGACUAUGCUCUGUCUGCUCUGCCUGCUCUGCUAAGCUGAUAUCCAGUUGGUGUUGUCAUUUUGUACAUAUAGAAAGUCUAUCAGCAAGACAGGUUUCUAUUAAAUAAUUCAUACAACACAA